AUGGCUGAACGUGGUGGAACUCGAGGCGGAUUUGGAACACGUGGCGGUGGACGUGGUGGCGGUGAAGGCGGCCGUGGUAGAGGAGAAGGAGGUCGAGGUGGCUUUCGGGAAGGUGGCGAAGGUGGACGAGGCCGAGGCAGAGGCGAAGGGGGUCGAGGUGGUCGCGGCGGUGAAGGAGGUCGUGGACGCGGUGGCCGUGGACGACGUGGUCAACGUCCAAAAGAGGAUCAAAAAACGUGGACUCCCGUAACAAAACUAGGCCGAUUGGUUAAUGAUGGAAAAAUACGAAGUUUAGAAGAAAUAUAUUUAUUCUCACUACCAAUUAAAGAGGCUGAUAUCAUUGAUCUUUUAUUGCCUGAGUUAAAAGAUGAAGUAUUAAAAAUCAUGCCCGUACAAAAACAAACCUGUGCUGGUCAACGUACACGUUUCAAAGUAAUU